AUGGCAACAGUUGAGGAGUUGAAAAUUGAUGAUAUGUCAGAGGCUGAGGUGAAGCCGCCGCCAGUAAAGACCACGAGUCUAGCCAGUGAUUUGCGGCAGUUUCGCCUAAACAAAUCUUCUCCUUCAGCUGGAAAAACAGAGCGCGUUCCUGGCAAGAAACGUAUACAGGUAAUGGCGGAUAGCGAUAGCGAUGGUGCAGCUGACAACCAAACGCCAAAAAAGGUAAAGAAUGAGUUAUCUGUGAAGGAGAAAGAAGACAGGUACUUGGCUGCGGUUAAACUAGCACCUGAUUACGAUGCUAUGGAAAUACAAGAUUCGCUGGUGCGUAACGGCUGGAACGUUUCCGAAGGAUUACGUUAUCUAAAAGAACACUUUAAGACAAAAUCAAAUUCAUAUGCAAAUAAAACAUAUGCAGGGAAUAAUGCCCGCACAAGUACCAGCAGUAGUAAACCCACGCAAAAUGGCAGCUCUUCUCGUUCCAAAUCACAAGCACAAAACUAUUCCGAUUGCGAUGACUCGGACGAUGAAGUCCGUGCAUCAACCGAUCAAGUAUACGACAGCGAAGAGAGUGAUACUGAAUCGUCGAACGUAAUGACAGGACAGCGAAAAAAAGUGUUUGAUUUCAUGAACAAAGCAACAUUGAUGGAAUUAUCAACGGUCAAAAUGUUGUCCGAAAAGAAGGCAUCCCUAAUUAUAGAACUGCGUCCAUUUAAGGAUUGGAAGGAUUUACUAAAAAAGCUGGAUUCCAAUAAAGCGCUCUCAGCAGAUUUGUUAAAUUUGGCACAAGAAUUGAUUAACAAACAAAAUAAUGUUGCUAAUAUAUUAAAGAAAUGUAACACAAUGGUUAAACGUUUGGAAGCAGCUAUUGAAACUGGCGCAGGCAUAGUGGAACAGCCGAAACUACUUAAUAGCAAAAUGAAAUUGGCCGAUUACCAAAUGAUUGGCCUCAAUUGGUUGACGGUAAUGCAUAACCAAAAAAUGAAUGGUAUUCUUGCCGAUGAGAUGGGUUUAGGCAAAACUAUACAAGUUAUUGCAUUUUUGGCUUACCUUAAAGAGAACAAUUUAUCCAAAGGCGCACAUUUAAUUGUUGUGCCAUCUUCCACGCUGGACAAUUGGGAAGCUGAAAUAAGCAAAUGGUGUCCAAUUUUGGUGGUGGAAAAAUAUUAUGGCAAUCAAGAUGAACGACGGCGGAUGCGCGUACGUUUUGCCAAAGAUGGCUUUUCAGGUUUCGAUGUAUUGCUGACAACUUACCAUAUAGUCAGCUCAACGCCAGAAGAGUGCAAAAUGUUUCGUGUUUGCCGAUUACAUUAUGUGAUUUUUGACGAGGCACACAUGUUGAAAAAUAUGACAACACUACGCUAUGCCAAUUUAAUAAAAAUUAAUGCUGAAAUGCGCAUUUUACUCACUGGUACACCUUUACAAAAUAAUCUACUCGAAUUAAUGUCAUUACUAUGUUUUGUAAUGCCGUCAUUCUUUGCCAAAAGCAUUGAAGAUAUAAAGAGUCUUUUCGCAAAGAAAGCCAAAGCCGAAGGCGCUGAUAAAGAUGCAUCUGAGUUCCAGGAAACACAAGUUGCACGCGCCAAACGUAUUAUGAAGCCUUUUGUGCUGAGACGUCUCAAAAAGGACGUACUUAAUAACUUGCCCAAAAAAGAGUCCUUCGUAAUCAAAGUACCGAUGACUGAAACACAAAAACAACAUUACCAUGAAUUAGUCGAAUACUACUCAAAUCGAAAGGGCGAGAUUUGCAGCGGCGAUCGGGCAGGUAUAGCUAUAAUGAUGGAUAUGCGUAAAACUGCCAACCAUCCACUCUUGAUGCGCCACUAUUUCAGUGACGAAACAUUACAGAACAUUUCAGAGCGUUUAGCAUGUGCGCCGUCACUUAAGAAAAACAAUCCUCAAUAUAUAUUCGAAGAACUGGCUGUAAUGUCAGACUUCCAAGUGCAGCAAUUUUGUCAUAAGCACGAUUUAUAUGAUAUAUCCAUACCGCCCAGCUUAAUCUGCGAUUCUGGCAAAUUUCAACACCUCGAUACACUAUUGCCUAAAUUGAAAGAAGGGGGUCAUCGCGUUUUAAUUUUCAGUCAAUUCACGAUGAUGUUGGAUAUAAUGGAACAAUACUUAAAGAUAAGAAGACAUGGCUAUUUUCGCUUAGAUGGUUCUACGGCAGUUGACGAACGACAAGACAUGAUAAAUGAUUUCAAUGCAGACUCUGGUGUAUUUAUAUUUUUACUAUCGACUAAAGCUGGUGGCAUUGGCAUAAAUCUGACGGCAGCGGACACUUGUAUCAUACAUGACAUUGAUUUUAAUCCGUACAAUGAUAAACAAGCUGAAGAUCGUUGUCAUCGUAUGGGACAAACACGUCCAGUUACCAUAUAUCGACUGAUCUCUGAAAGCACUAUUGAAGAGGGCAUGCAAUUGGUAGCAGAUGAAAAGCUAAAAUUGGAAAAAGAAAUUACUGAAAUCGAAAAGGGAGAAAUACAGGAACAAAAAUGUGUUGCAAGGCUACUAACUAUGGCACUUGGAUUAGAUAAAGAUGAGGAGGAACGUCUAAAUAAUUCCAUGAAUCACUCUUUGAGCCCAUCCCAGUAAGGCGGUUAUCAACUUGAUUCAAUACAAAGUACAUAAAUGAGUAGAGAAAAAGAAAAAUAGAAUGUGAGGUUUUGAAGGUCAUCUAUUGUUAUAAUUUUAGAAGUGUAAAUUUUCGAAUUGUACAAGCAUAUGAUUCAAAUAACUACUUUGUAACACAUUCCUAAAGAUUUUCCACGAUCCAAGAAAUAAAGUGUAAUGUUGUAUGCUAACGCGUAAAGCAAAAAAUAUUCAAA